AUGGUACACUGGUACACGAGGUCGGAGAGCAUCCGAUGCGGCGCCGAAGAUGGUGGCCGCGCGAGCUCGCACCGGGACCGCAUUGUGGCGAGGCAUCGCGUGAAUGUGAAGCAGUGGCAAGCACAGGUUCUGAUGUUCUUAAAGCAGAAUCAGUUCACGAAGGUGAACAGUCAGAAAGGUUUCUUUUUUAUCACGUUUCCACUUCACGAAGCCGUAAAGCAGAAGAACGUCAUGAUGGUAAAACUACUCUUGAUGUUUGGCGCUGACCCAACCACGAAGGACCAUUGGGGUAGAACAGCGUAUCACUACGGGCGCAAUAAUGAAGACAUUCUGCAAGUCUUCGAACGGUGUGCUUGUACGCCAUCUUCUCCACGUUUCAAACGUGGAACAAACUUGCAAAGGACCCCGCCACCAAUCGGUUUCGAGGAGUUCUUUGCCAAGGUCGAACAAGAUCCCCUGGUUUCGUCACCAAGUAAUGAGUCCUUCUGGCUGCACACUUUGGGGCCUCGGCAAUUACGACAGCCCAAGCCCCGACAUCGACGUGGAAAAUGGAGCUCCAGCAGCCCACCAGCACAUUCCAGGACCAGCACAGCAACUGGAAUGGAAUCGAUUUCCACCAAGACAUCCCUGUGA